UUUAAAUCCAUUGGCGAGGUACCGGUGGCCAUUUCAUACGCCGGAGAUUCGGGACGCGUCUGACUGAGCUGGUGUGAGCAGAAUGGCUCAGUUUGUUUUUGAGAGUGACAUUAAUAAUAUUCUGAAAUUGGAUGCUCCCAUAACAAAUGGGCCCCUGGCCAGGUGGCAGCGCAAGGCUAAGGAAAGCAAUGGUGCGACUGGCUCUUUGUCUACUUCAGCCAACGUUAGUGGCUUAUCCCCAAUGAAAGCUACAAACCGGUCACUGAACACAUCUAAACUGACACCCAGUAAGACACCAGGCAGGACAAAAACCCCUAGAUCUUCUAAAUGUUCCCGAGUGCAGGGGACACCAUCAAAAGCAGGCGCUGAUCGUUAUAUUCCAACCCGCAAUGCAGUACAAAUGGAUGUAGCACAUUUCUUGAUUAACAAAGAGAAUGAACAAGAAAAUGAAUCUCCAACCAAGAAGGAACAGCAGAAAUCCUGGUCCUUAAACUUGAAUGGUUAUGAUGUUGAGCAGGCUAAAAUUCUACGACUGAGUGGGAAACCUCUUUGUGCACCUGAAGGUUACCAGAACAACCUGAAAGUUCUGUACAGUCAGUCAACAACACCAAGUUCCACAAAGAAGCCCACCCGAUACAUCCCCUCUAUGCCAGAAAGAAUUCUGGAUGCUCCAGAGAUCAGAAAUGAUUAUUAUCUAAAUUUGAUUGAUUGGAGUUCCUUGAACUACUUGGCUGUGGGACUUGCAAAUAAUGUGUAUCUCUGGCAUGCUGAGUCUGGUGAUAUCCUGCCUCUUGUACAGCUUGAGGGUCAGGAAGAUUACAUCGCCUCUGUGUCCUGGAUAAAAGAAGGCAAUUAUUUAGCAGUUGGGACUAGAAAUGGUGAAGUACAGGUUUGGGAUGUGGAACGCCAGAAACGUCUGAGGAAUAUGGUGAGUCACACGGUACGAGUUGGGUCACUCAGUUGGAACAGUUACAUCUUGUCCAGUGGCUCCAGAAUAGGUGAAAUCCACCAUCAUGAUGUCCGCAUCGCACAACACCAUGUAGCUACCUUGACAGGACAUACACAAGAAGUCUGCGGCUUGAAGUGGUCACCUGAUGGCAGGUGUCUUGCUAGUGGUGGCAAUGACAACAUUCUGAAUAUCUGGCCAAGCAUUACUGGGAAUGAUGCAGCAUGCCAACCAUUACAUACGUUCACACAGCAUCAGGGUGCUGUUAAGGCAGUUGCCUGGUGCCCUUGGCAAGCAAAUAUUCUUGCAAGUGGUGGUGGCACCAGUGACCGAUUUAUCCGUGUUUGGAAUGUUAAUUCUGGGUCGUGUUUGAAUGCUGUGGAUACUCGUUCUCAGGUCUGUUCAAUAGUCUGGUCAACAGAAUACAAAGAAAUGGUGUCAGGACAUGGAUUUUCACAGAAUCAGUUGGUAAUCUGGAAAUAUCCAAACUUGACCAAAGUUGCUGAGCUGAAAGGACAUCAGGCUCGUGUGCUGAAUCUGACUUUAAGUCCAGAUGGAACUACAGUGUGCUCUGUGGCUGCAGAUGAGACUAUCCGCAUCUGGAAGUGUUUUGCUGUAGACCCAGCAAAGAAGAAGAAAAUGGCAGUGGCCAGUCAGUCCAGUGUGCUUCACCAUGGAAUUCGCUAGAACACUAUGAUGAAGGCAUGUGCCACAAAUGGGACAUGAGGCUUCACUUUUAAUGUAACAUUGAAUAAAUGCACAACUAAUUUUUGCAAUGGGGGGAAGCUAGUGUAUUAUCCCUUUUGUGCUCCAAUUUGGAAAUUUUUGAAUGAUACUGACUUUUUAAUUUCCACAAGUAUUGUUAUUUCUUGUACAUAUGUUUUUAAAUUGCUGUUUUAUUUGUGCUGUUAGACAUUUAAUCUUUUAAGUAAAUUGUAUAUUGUGUUUAAUAUUUCAAUAAAAUUGAAUGGUGUAUUCAA